CUGAUCAGCGCCAACAUUACCACGAGCACCCGCAGCUAACACAAACAAGGUCCCAGCCAGAGCCAGCAGCAGCUAGCGACUACACUCCACUCUCCCUCCCUCGCUCCCCUCGGACAGGCCGACAUGGGGCGUGGCCGCAGCAGCUCUUGGCCACCCGCGGCUCCUGCGCUGCUCCUCCUCCUCGUCGUCUGCUUCUCCCACGGCGUGGCAGCGGCUCGCCUCCUGCCUCCGCUGCAGCCAGCUCCAGCCGUUCCUCCGCAGGUUCUUCACCAAGCGGAGAAUGUUGUCAUGGCGGCAGCUGCCGACGGCCUCGUGCUUCAGGAAGGUGAGGCCGUGGGCAAUGGCGACGAGCUCUCCAUCUCAGAGAUGAUGGGAGCAGAGGAGGAGGGGGCGGCGGCGGUCUGCGAGGGCGAGAACGACGAGUGCCUGGAGAGGCGGCUGCUCGGGGACGCGCACCUCGACUACAUCUACACGCAGCACAAGGGCAAGCCGUGAUCGUGUCACCGUGAGGACUGGAGGAAGACAUGCAUCUCGCCUUGCCGGUUUGGUUUGGUUUGGGUAGAGUGCGUACAUGCAUGCUUGGAAGUUGAUACUACAUAUCAGGCUGGAAUGGAAUCGUAUCAUGAUACCAUAUUAUAUUGGAAAUAUAUCUAUAUGCUCGUUUAAUUAUGUUGUUGCUACCUCUAGUACCAGUGCCAGAGGCAGGUCCAAUGCAUGCCUGGCAGUAGACUGGUAGGUAGGUAUAUCCCGGCAGUAGUAUAAAGAUUGUGCAGGUCCAUGCUAGAGUAGUACAGAGUGGUUUGGUUGUUUUCUCACUGAUGUAUAGGUGUGCAUGCUAGCUAGCUAGCUCUACUAGUUUGGUUUGGUGUGUGAUCGAUAUGGAGUUUGGGAAGAAGCUUAAUUAUGGCCGUCAACGAUCUACUCCUUCUUAAUCAAAUGGAAAACUUAACCUA